CGGUAGACCGCCUGCAUGCUGUCCAAUCCCGUUCGGUCCGGCCAGUCGACUCGCACAGUGGGUGCACCGCGGUGUCUUGUCCGCUCCUCCCGUGACGCGCAGGCGUGAUAGUGUGUCGUUUGGGGUGGUUGAGUUAGUGGCCCUGGCGUGACCAAGGUGACGUGUGACGUCGGGGACGAGACGGGAGGUACAGUUCGUUGGUGUCGAGGACGGCCAUGCCCGGUGUCCCGGCGACGUGCUUGGGGGUUGGCUGCUCCCUGAAGGCCAGACUGGUCUAGCGCUCGCCCCACCCCGCCCUGCCUCAAGGGGCCUCGUCCCGCGCCAUGCGCGACCCCGCCGCCAUGCGUGACCCCGUCGCCAUGCUCACCCUGUUGUUGAUGAUCCUCUGGACGGCGCUGUCACUAGCCUUGGGCCUCGAGAUCCGAGGCGAGGUCAUCAGAGGGGUGCCCUGCAUCAAGCGCUUCCACCAGCUCUUCUGCCCCACCGCUGGCAACAGCUAUCCUAUUGACAGGAUAGAGCGGUUCAUCGACGACAACAAGUCCCUGAUGCGGAGGAUGUACGGCGAGUUCCAAAUGACGACGGAGUACGGCCCGCCGGCAAGGGAGGUGUUCGAGACGCCCGCCUCAACGACGGCGACGGGGCCUCCCGGCGGCGGUGCGUCGGCCUCUGCCGGGGUGCACGUCGGCGCGCCGGCCAGGAGACGGUCGCUGGCCAAGCGGGACGCCGAGCACCUCGCCGAGGACAACAACGGCACCGUGGCCGACGUCGACACCCCACCGCCGCCGGACCCCGUGCAGGACGCGGAGAGGGCGGGCAACGCGGCCGAGUCCUUCUUCGGCAAGGUCCGCUCAGCGAGACAAUCCUUCCGGAACAACCAAUCGCAGAGCGAGACUGGGAGGGUCGAUGCCUGUGAGAGCAAGGUGGAGAUAGUGACGCCUUACUGGGCGUCCAACUCUGCGGGCAAAAUCCGUGCCAUAGUCAACACGCAACACUUCGAGCAAGCCAUCCACCAAGAAGUAUGCGCCAAAUCUCAGACGAAGCGAUGCACUGGGGACUGCGGCUGCGAGCAGAAGUACAAGUGGCACCGUCUGCUGGCCUACGACCCGGACAACGACUGCAAGGGCAUCUUCAUGGACUGGUUCCUCUUCCCGUCGUGCUGCGUGUGCCGAUGCAACCCGUAGGGCCCAAAGGGCCCGUGGGGAGUCCCUCCGCGUCCCGCCGAGUCCGAUGGUUUUGCGAGCCGUGCCGGCUGUGCGCGAGUCAGACACGCCUCUCGGAUACGCUCCCCGUCUCUCCGUCUUCGGCCGAUGUGAGUCGGCGUGAUGACGAAUCGGACACCGCGACGACCGACCUCUCGAUGCCUCCCCUUCCACUACUCCUUGAUUUUCGAAUUUUUAAGAAGGCUUACGAAAAGUGUGACCAGAAGCCUUUACAGCCGUUACUGUACCUGAUAACGACUGCCCUGUGACACUAUGACAUGGGUCCGAAGGGUCAUGGAGUGCCUAGUCGAGGACCACGUGCCACGCGCAGGGCCUGCGGCUCGGCCUGCGGGACCUGCAGGGCCAUCUUGGGGGGUCACGGACGUGGUCAACCAGGCCAAGUGAGCUACGCCAAGGGGGUCAUGAGGGCCACAAAGCUGCACUGUUGUUACAACGAUACAAGAAACUCGUGCGAGAAAGACAUUAAUUCCAACGCACGUAGUAGUUUGUACUGUGAGAUGCAGGAGAAAGAACGUUGCAAAUGAAGCGACGCCAUUGAGUGUAUGAGUACGGAAAUUUUUGUAGGAUAUUGUAUGCCAUCACCAUUAUGUAUUAGGACCUUUGUGCGUUUUGUGUUACCUUGGAGAUGCCUCGAUUAGAAUAUGAGAAGUCGGUGUGUAUGUUACCUGCGCAAGUACGCUUGCGGUCUUGUGUUAUGAGGAAAACAAAACAAAAUUAUGUUCAGUCUUUACCUAGCAUGAUGAAUUUCUUGAAAGAGCUGAAACUACGUAGAGGCUUAGAUAAAAUACGUAAAUAUUCAGAGAACAACGAUGUGAAAGGUUGGAUGUCAUGUGAUUCGUGUGGUCUUCCCUUUCGCAGCCUUUUUUUUUGAUCCUAAUAUUGUUACAACUUUUCACUGGCCUACCUACAAGUGCGAGCGCUCAAGUUAUUUUACUUCUUGUUAUUUACAGCCUGAACAAAUCGUAUGUCAAAGUGACGUUUGUUUUUACGUGAAUGUAAAAUAGUUUUUAAGUCUUUGUUUUGUAUUACUUGAAUUGGUUCGCGAGUGCGGGCUCUAUGCUAUAUGCUUUAUUUAUUGUCCGUCGUGGCUCUUCCUCACUUUAAUGUUACGCAACGGUCUCUAGCCUGCUCCGUGUGAGGCUAUGUCCGUGCUUAUUCGUAAGACAGCAAUUGAACGACAGUUCCAGGACGUUAUAGAUCGCCUCAAUCUAUGCCUAUGCUGGAAACGUGAUAAACAGUGAUCGGAGUGAGACAUUCAUAGUUCACCUGUACUUUUAAGAAACUUCCUGUUUGCAGCAUGAAUGUUUUAGUAGCAAAUCUGUUUUGUUUAUUGUAACUUUUCUUGAAUAAGCUGGUGUUAAUAAGUUAGUGUCAUUACAUUGUCCACCAACACAUUCCUCUUGUUCGUUACAUUUGUGUUCUUACGAAGACCGUGUGAAUAAGUGUCAGAAAAACGCGGUAAAUGCGAGCACGUGUGCGACAUCACUUUCCUAUGUCACAGUUACAGAAGAACAUUCAAAUCGGCUUAGGUCCCUCAUGCAUUUCCCACAAAGUUCACUUAGUAUAUUAGUUCCCAUAAAAUUAUAAAAAUCAAUUAUUUUUGACAGUUGUACGUUUUUUAAACAGUCGGACCUUUUUUUUGUAAUUGACAUUGUAUGUUGCGUUUUAUUCAGUAAUAAACUCAAAAACACCCUC